AUGCAUUUCGGCCUGCACGUGAGGAGCGAAUGCGUCGCGGCGCAGACCAUGGAGGAGCGGGAGGCCUCGCACGUCGUGGGCCCGGACUCCGACGCCGAGCGGCUCUUCGCGGCGUGCUGCGGCGUCUGCUGCGGCGGCGGGCCAUACUUGCCCAUCGCGACGAUCCCUUGCCGCCAGUACGCGACGUGGCAUCGAUGCCUCGACCUCUCGACGCCGGUGAACUUCCGCGCCGACGGCGAACGCCUCGUCGUCCGCACGCGGUCCAACGUCUGCUUCUGGGACGUCGAGGAGAUCGCGGUCGGGGACGUCGAGUCCGUCGGCGUUUACGUCGAGGAUACGGCCUGGGUCUCGUCGGGCGACCGGCCGGUCUACGCGCUCGAGUUCAAGGCCCCGGUCCCGGUGACGAACGCGAAGCAGCUCAAGCGGUCCAUGCCGCGGAGCUGCGCCGACGACGGCGGCUGCGACCGCUGCUGCGAGACGCACCUGCACUGCGCCAAGCCCGCGGGCACGCCGCUGAUGCCGCGGCCCUACUUCCCCGCGUGCUCUCUCGGCGCCGUCGUGCGCGGUCGGAGCGGCGUGACGCGCCUGAGCCGGCGGCGCUGGCUCCCGGCCGACGUCGACGCCAUGGAGCGCCUCGCGUCGAGCCUCGCGGUGCUGCUGGCGCGCGCGGCGGACGACGGCGCGUCGGCCUCGUCCGACGAGUCGCCGCGACUGCCGCGGUCCGCGUCCGAGGACCUGCUCUGCCCGCGCGUCGACGCGCGGGUCCACCCGUCGUCGUCGGACGAGUCCCUCGCGUCGCGCGCGGCGCCGGUCGCGCCCUGGCGCGACCCCCUCCCGGUGUACUAA